AUGACUUCUUCGAUAUAUUUCGAUUCAGUUGGUGAGAUCCUUGAUUACAUUUUACCUGAUAAUACAACAUCAGCUACUUUUUACAACUCGAUGUUUACUCAGUUACAAACAUCUCAUUUGACACUCAAUCAGUUCACAAGUAACAAAACAGGCUUUUAUCAUAGUGAUUUUUCUGAUGUUGUUUUUGAGUUGCUUAAAAAUUUCUUAACAUAUAACUUUUACAAUACUAUUUACACAUCUACAUUUAAAACUAUUGUGUUGUAUAAUUCUUCUUUUGAAACAUUAAAAAUUAGUUCUGUGAAGACGAGUGGAUAUCGCGAUAUCUCUUCCAUUGAGAAUUGCCACUUUUGUUCAACAGAUAUUUACGAAUCUGUUUUCUCCAAUUUGACAAUUAAAAAUAGUCAUUUCAGUGAAUUCACAUUAGCAAAUAAUGUCUUAUCGGGACUAAUUGUUGAAAACACCAAGUUUUAUUACCGAGAUGAUGACAAUGUCCGCUAUAUCAACUCGACAUUUGUUAAUACCUCAUUUUAUCAUUCUUAUUAUUAUAAAAAUGUCGUGUUUGAGUCGUGCAACUUUGUGAACUGCAUUUUUUAUUUAGAUGAUGUACAUUCAGCUAAAAACAUUGACUUUGACUUCGCCGACUGCUAUUUUGAGAACUUCACUGUCAACAAACAAAUAGUCGAUUUGUAUAAAGGAAAUGCCUGUAUUGGGUUGAAAAUAGGGUUUGUGAAACAAUCAAUGGAGAUCGAAAUUGCUAAUGAAGAUGAUAAAAAGAGAACUCAAAUUAUUUUACUUUCAACGGGCGUUGCUGUGCUUGGGGUCUUGUUCAUAGUUGCUGUGAUCAUUAUUGGCGCACUAUUUACAUUGUUUGUCUUAUCACGUAGAAAGCAACAAAAAUUGAAUUACAACGAUUUAUCUAACACAAAAUAA